AGCCGGGGCAGGUUUUGGUCGCGAGUAGGAGGAUUUCGCACUACCCCGGCCAUGGGGGAGGGGCGAGCAGCCAGGACGCCGCCGCCGCCGCUGCCGCCGCCGCUGCUGUUGCAUCUGCACUCGGGGGCCGCAGGCGGAGCUCAGCAUUCCACUCACUGGUGCAAUAGGACAGCUUAGCUCCUUCGGCAGAGAAGCCGGUGGCGCGACCGCGUCCACAAGUUGCUGGGACCCGGAUCCCGAGCUCUCUCCUCCUCCUCUCUCUCUCCCUGCCUUUAUCCUCAUCCCGGUCCCUCCCUUCUCCCACACGGGUGGCUGUUCCUGCUGCUUGGUUAGGGACAGAACGCACUGCCCACUAACCCAGAAAAGCAGAUGUAAGCAAGACCCCCGCCCCCAGCCCCCCGCUGCUUCCAAUCGCAAAUCAACAGUGUCUUCCUGCGCCUCUUUUCUGCCCUAUCCCAAAGGGUCAAAAUAUGUGGCAGCCGGCAACCGAGAGACUGCAGCACUUUCAGACCAUGUUGAAGACUAAAUUGAAUGUCCUAACGCUGAGGAAAGAACCUCUCCCCACAGUCAUCUUCCAUGAGCCAGAAGCUAUUGAGUUAUGCACCACGACCCCACUGAUGAAAACUCGAACUCACAGUGGAUGCAAGGUAACAUAUCUGGGCAAAGUCUCCACAACGGGGAUGCAGUUUUUAUCUGGCUGCACAGAAAAGCCAGUCAUUGAGCUCUGGAAGAAGCAUACACUGGCCAGAGAAGAUGUCUUCCCAGCUAAUGCUCUCCUGGAAAUCCGGCCCUUCCAAGUCUGGCUCCAUCACCUUGACCUGAAAGGAGAGGCCACUGUCCACAUGGAUACCUUUCAGGUGGCCCGCAUUGCCUACUGUACUGCUGACCAUAAUGUAAGCCCAAACAUCUUUGCCUGGGUCUACAGGGAGAUCAAUGAUGACCUGUCCUACCAGAUGGACUGCCAUGCCGUAGAGUGUGAAAGCAAGCUAGAAGCCAAGAAGCUAGCUCAUGCCAUGAUGGAGGCCUUCAAGAAGACAUUCCACAGCAUGAAGAGCGAUGGCCGGAUCCAUCGCAACAGUUCAUCUGAAGAAGUCUCUCAGGAAUUAGAAUCCGAUGAUGGCUGAGGGCACUGGUCAGUGGUUCAGCAAAGGCAGCCAUGGCCUAAGGAAUAGGAGCUGAUAGAUAAAUGAGCAAUGAUUCAAAUUGGGGAUGAAAAGACUGCCAAAUACUUGGCUGACCAAGCUUUUUAAAAUCAAAAGAGCAAUUCCGAACCUAAAGAUAUGCAUCAUUAAAGUAAUUAUGUUACAUUGAAAUCUGCUGCUGCUGUGAAUGUGAGGAGGGGAGGAAGAAAAGCUUAUUUUUCUGCUCAUUCCCCCCAAUUUCCCUUCCCAAUUUCCCCUCUCCUCCUGGCCCCAGACCCCUCCAUGCUGAUUCUCUCCAUCUUCCUGAAAUAUUCUAUAGCUUGUUGUUUAUCAGGCUGCUUUUCUUCAGCUAUUGGUUUCUUCCAACUUGCCUUAUGAAACCCAUCAAAAAAUUGUCAUAUAUUCCUGGGAUAUUCAUAGCAGCGGUGGGUGGGGGGUGGGCUUUGAUGCUGGUGCAUACGCUCCCGGGGAAGUAGAAAAGCCCCAGGAUGACUCCAUAGAAUUCUCUCUAAUGGCAUAUUUCAAAACCUCUUGGUCAUAUGUGAACCAAGACAGGUGUCCUUUGGCUUUUAGACUAACCACCUGACAUUCCUCAGUUAAUUCACAGUUCACAGCUGAAGGUGAUGAUUUUAUUGUACAAAUAUAUCAAAUGCUAUCUUAUUUUAUUCACUUUCUCUAUUUUCUUAGUCUACCUGCAGCUACUUAUUUCAUACAUACACACACACACACACACACACACACACAUCCUCACCCUCCCAUUAUCACUGAAGUGAUAGUUUCUUAACACACACUGCAGGGCACCCAAAGGGAACAAAAGAACAAACUCCCCUCCCCGCUCCAAAAAAAAAUAUGAGAAUGAUUGCAGAAUAUAUUUGCUCCAUUUUCUGUGUAUUUUGCUUCAGUCUUUAUUUGUGACUGGUAAAUAGGUUGAUAAGCCAGUCCUAGAACUCCUCCUUAACCAGCCUCAAAUCAGAAUCAAUAAGAGCAUGGAAAGCUUUUCUUCCUCCAUGAGAAUCUCAGUCACUAAAUCAUUGCUUAUAAAUUGAUCGUCAGUAGCUAUCUCUGCGCAUUCAGAGCCACCUUGACCAAGUUACUUUAAAGGGAAAUAUAUCUCUAUCCUCUUAAAGAUGACAGUUCAUUGGGACCAGCGUUCAAUUAUUGUUCCUGCAGAGAAGCUCUCAUUAAGAAUGCCUGUACUUUCCCCAUUCUGUGGAUAAGAUGAUCCUCAAAUUUCAUCAGUGCAAAAAAGUCAAUAUGACUAAGAUAAAAAAGGACUUGUUAUAAUAAAUACAUUUAAGGCCAAGAGCAGAUUCAUAGUUUGCAGGUAAUGCUGCUCCUUUAUUAAAAAAAGAAAAAAAAGUUUGUUUUUAAUCAUGGUAAUGUUAGGGGCACUAGGGCACCUUACAGAAGCCUUAAAUGAAAGCUAAUCAAAUCCAGAUAGCUCUAUGUCUGUGUUUGGUAUGUGUAUACGUAUGUCUGUGUGUGUGUGCGUGUGCGUGUAUGUGUGCGCCUGUGCGUGUGUCCAGUGUUUAAAGCAUGUAGAAUAAGCAUGGAGACAUAUUGGGGAGGACCUGCACCUCUUGAAAAUAUGCUUGUUGCUUUACAAUGUAUGUAAACUAUUCUUUAGCAUAAAUGCAUUCAUACUUUAAUAAAAAAUAUGUUUGAGUUAAUAAAGCUCAAUAGUUUUACACCCUUUUUGGUGUAAAAUGCCAAUU